AACAUCUAUGUAUCUAUCCAAAUUCCAAUAUAAGCCAGUGGAUGUGAAUUAGUGCAGAUCAUCAUCAUCAUACAAAACAGGCGACACUGAUCCCGCCGGCCGGCGAGGUCCAAAACCACUAUGAUAACAAUGCUCAUCGGAAUACUGGCCGUCGUUGUCGCCAUCAUCGCCGGCGCCGGCGAGGGCCACAACAUCACGCACCUCCUUGCCGGCCACCCCUCCCUCUCCACCUUCAACCACUACCUCUCCACCACCCACCUCGCCGACGAAAUCAACCGCCGCCGCACCAUCACCGUCUGCGCUCUCGACAACGCCGCCAUGGACGACCUCCUCAGCCACCACUUCUCCCUCCCCACCCUCAAAAACAUCCUCUCCCUCCACGUCUUCGCCGACUACUUCGGCUCCAGAAAGCUCCACCAGAUCCCCAAAGGCUCCGCCACCACCUCCUCCCUCUACCAGGCUACCGGCGAGGCCGCCGGAACCUCCGGCUACGUCAACAUCGUCGACGCCAAGGGCGGCAAAAUCUCCUUCUCCGCCGUCGACAGCAAUCCCGAUCAGCCUCCGGCGACCUUCGUCAAAUCCGUCGUCGAAAUGCCUUACAACAUCUCCGUCAUCCAAAUCAGCCACGCCCUCUCCUCGCCGGAGGCCGAGGCCCCCACCGCCGCCCCCACCGACAUCCACGUCGUUAAUCUAAUGGCGGCACAAGGCUGCAAAGGCCUCUCCGACCUCAUCGUCUCCAUGGGCGCCGAGGAAACCUUCCGCCAGAGCCUGGAAGGCGGCCUCACCAUUUUCUGCCCCUCCGACGAAACUCUGAAAUCGUUUAUGCCCAAAUUCAAAACCCUAGGCGCCCAUGAAAAGACGAUGCUGCUGCUGUACCACGCCACGCCGGAGUACAAUUCGCUGGGAUCGCUCAGAUCCAGCGACGGAUUGAUGAACACGGUGGCGACGGCGGGAAGUCCGAACAAGUACUAUUUGACGGUCAAGAACGACGGCGACAAUGUGAAGAUCGACACGCAGGUCGUCACGGCGACGAUUAAAGGAACUCUGAUCGACGAGGAUCCCUUCGCGGUUUACAAAAUCGACAAGGUUUUGCAGCCGAGCGAGCUGUUCAAGUCGGCCAAGGCGAAGGCUGCCGCCAGCGGCGGCGCGGAUGCUCCCGGUCCCGCCGGAGACGAUGACGUGCCGGCAGAUGAAGAUUCGAGCAACGACGGCGGGAUUAGAGUUAAUAGAAUGGCCGGCGGCGUGGCGCUGAGCUGCAGUUUGGUUUUGUUAUUGAUUUUUUUCGAGUUGUUUUAAUUUAAUUUAAUUAAGAUGUCAAAAAAGCUAAGGUGGAAAAUUGGAUUCUAUUUUAUUUAAUUUGUUUUGUUUGCGUUAGAAAAACUAGAGAUUUUUACCUACUAUAUAUAUGCAUAUGUAUGUAUGUAAAGAGGAUUUGCAUUUGGUUUCU